UUACUGAUUCCAGUACAGCUGCCGAGAGAACUCAUCACGCACAAUGGGAAAAGUCAAGUCGACUUAGUCUUCUUACUAUGAAAAGAUCCAUUCCUGAACAUCUAUUGAGUGGUUUGCCAGACACUACAAAUGCCAAAGAGUUUUUCAAUGCUGUAGAAAAAUUAUACGACACUGGUGAAAACGCUGAAGCUGGACAUCUUAUGGAUGAAAUGACAACCAUUAAGUAUGAUGAAUUAAAAGGAGUGCGAGAUUUUAUUCUGAAAUUGGUGAAUGUUCAGUCCAAGUUAAAAGAUCAUAAUAUUCCUCUUCCUGACUCUUUCAUUAUUCAUCGAGCUCUUCAUGCUCUUCCUGCCUCUUUCAGCCUUAUCAAGACAGCCUACAACACUUACAAUCAAACAUGGACUAUCAGCGACCUAAUUUCUCAAUGUGUAGCUGAAGAAAGCAAGCUUAAAAGGGAGAAGAAUGAAUCUGCUAACUAUGUUUCUCACCUCAAGCCCAACAAAGGAAAAGGAAAAUUCAAGAAUAAAAAUGAUGGUGCUACUAAACAUAAUGGUAAUGGUAAGGAGCAUAAGAAUAAACAGAAGAAUAACAAUGAAAAGUCCAAAUACUCUAAUGUGAAGUGUUACUUUUGUGAAAAAUUGGGGCAUCGGAGAACAGACUGUCACAAAUUUAAGACUUGGUUAGAAAAGAAGCAAGCACAAUCAGGGGCUAAGGGAUCUCAGGAAGCCAAGUGAGAGGGAGUCCAAGCUUAAAGUGGGCAAUGAUGUUGGAGUUGACGUUAUCUAUGUUGGAACAUUUAUUCUUGAAUUACAGUCUCGUGAUAAGAUUAUUCUGAACAAUACUUUUUAUGUUCCUACUUUUAAAAGAAAUUUAGUUUCGCUUCCGCUUUUGGUUAAACAAGGAUAUUCUUUUCAUUUGCAAAUGAUAAUGUUGACAUUAUGCUUGACUCUCGAAUUAUUGGAAAUUGCUUUUAUUCUGAUGGUCUUUACAAGUUGUCAUUGGCUCCUUUAGAUUCCUCUUUUAAUGUUGUGAAUACUGUGGGUAAAAGACCUCAUAUUAAGGAAACAUCCUUAUUGUUAUGGCACAAAAGAUUGGGUCAUAUUUCCAGAGAAAGGGUUGAUCGUUUAAUUAAAUCUGAAAUACUUCCUCCUCUUGAUGCUUCUGAUUGGGAUACUUGUGUUGAUUGUACUCGUGGAAAAUUGACUAAAACAAGAAAGAAGACUGCAAACCGCAGUCAAUCUUUAUUGAAAAUUAUCCACACGGACAUCAGUGGUCCUUAUUCCACCACGUUGUGCAGAAAUAAGUAUUUUAUCACUUUUAUCGAUGAUUUUUCUCGUUAUGGAUUCACCUAUUUAAUUAAAGAAAAAUCUGACGCCCUUGAUAAACUCAAAAUUUUUCGAAAUGAGGUUGAGAAACAAUUAGGAAGAGUCAUCAAAGUUGUUCAUUCUGAUCGUGGAGGAGA